UUAGCUUCCAAUGUAUUUUGGUGUGUGAUCAGAACUGAGAAGUGAGAAGGAGUAACAAAAAGUAAGAAGAACACAAUGGCGACUAGGUACUGCGUUGUGUCUCUUCCCGUUCAGAACUCUGCUUCUGCUCUUUGGAACCAAUUGCAGGAUCAAAUCUCCAAGCAUUCCUUCGACACUCCUCUUUACAGAUUCAACAUCCCUAAUCUCCGUGUCGGAACCCUAGAUUCUCUCCUCUCUCUCAGCGAUGACCUCGCCAAGUCGAACAGUUUCAUGGAAGGAGUGUCGCUCAAGAUCAGGCGGCAGAUUGAGGAACUGGAGAGAGUUUCCGGCGUAGAGAGCGGCGGGCUCACGGUGGACGGAGUGCCUGUUGAUUCCUAUUUGACCAGGUUUGUUUGGGACGAAGCCAAGUACCCGACUAUGUCUCCUUUGAAGGAGAUCGUGGAUGGUAUUCAUGGUCAAGUGGCAAAGAUUGAGGAUGAUCUCAAGGUUCGUGUUUCUGAGUACAACAAUACCCGCAGUCAGCUUAAUGCUAUCAACCGAAAGCAAACUGGAAGUUUAGCAGUCCGUGAUCUUUCCAACUUGGUUAAACCUGAGGACAUUAUAACUUCAGAAAACUUAACUACCCUCCUUGCAAUUGUUUCCAAGUAUUCACAGAAGGAUUGGCUCUCAAGCUAUGAAACAUUGACAAGCUAUGUGGUCCCCAGGUCUUCUAAGAAGUUGUAUGAGGAUAAUGAAUAUGCUCUUUAUACUGUUACACUCUUCAGUCGUGUUGCAGACAAUUUUAGAACUAGUGCACGGGAAAAAGGAUUCCAAAUUCGUGACUUUGAAUACAGUCCAGAAACACACGAGAGUCGAAAGCAGGAGUUAGAUAAAUUGAUGCAAGAUCAGGAAAGUUUGAGGAGUUCUUUGUUGCAAUGGUGCUAUACCAGUUAUGGAGAGGUUUUCAGCUCCUGGAUGCACUUUUGUGCUGUCCGUUUAUUUGCUGAGAGCAUUCUGAGAUAUGGUCUGCCACCAUCUUUCUUGGCAUGCGUUUUAGCUCCAUCUGUAAAAGCCGAGAAGAAAGUACGUUCUAUUCUAGAAGGGUUGAGUGAUAGCACAAACAGUGCAUACUGGAAGACCGAGGAUGAAGUAGGUGGUGGGAUGGCUGGCUUAGCAGGUGAUGCUGAUACCCACCCGUAUGUUUCUUUCACUAUCAAUCUAGUUUGAGCACUCCCAAAAACUUUGGACAGCAAUAAUGCCAACGCCAGACAGGAUUUGAAGACUUUGUACAUUACGAUCAUAUUUCAUUCUUUGUUAUUUAUAUAUAAUUGGAGCAAUCAAAGUUUCAAGAGGGUCUUACGAAUUUUAUGGGCGUAGUCUGGUGCCAGUAUUGGCCGUUAGCAACUUGUAUGGUUUCAUGUAAGUUUUCUUGUUUGCAAUUAUGAUUAUAUGGGACUCGGAAUAGUGAUCCACUCUUGCUCAUCAUCCCUUUAGAGAAUAAUGCAAUAAUAGUCCUUUGGAGUAUAAUAAUAAAACUUUGUUAUUCGCAAGCCAUACAC